UUAAUACGCGAACUAAUAUGUUGCACAGUUAAAAUAUUAAUCGUAUGCGAUCAAUAUUCUUUCAAAUAUUUGUUCAUAUCAUUAUAUUCUGUAUGAAUUGUGACACAGCAUAAAAGAAGGGCACUCUUUGAAGGAACUAUUUAUUUAGGGCACGAUUUUUCACGUGGGUGUAGUACAACCAAUUACCGGCUCACCUGUUUAGCGAACGACGGCCUAAUCUACCACCCUAAUCGGCAUUAAAAACAGUUAAACUUGGGAUUCUUCCAGCAGCACCACCAUGGAUGGUGGCAAGAAGGUUUGGGUGCCCCACCCGUCCCAGGGUUUCAAGCUUGGUCGCAUCAUUGACAUAGGGGCUGAUACUAUUACUGUGGAACCAUUUGAUGCCCCAGGAAGUGCUAUCAGUGCUGCAUAUGAUCGUGUGUACCCAGCAGAGGAGUAUGAUAACAAGGAUGUAGAAGACAACUGUGCCUUGAUGUAUCUCAAUGAAGCCACCUUACUCAACAAUAUAAGAAUCCGUUACACCAAAAAUCACAUAUAUACAUAUGUGGCCAAUAUUCUUAUAGCAGUGAACCCCUACUUUGAGAUACCUGAUGCGUAUUCUUCAGCUACCAUUAAGAAAUAUCAGGGGAAAUCUUUGGGAACAAUGCCUCCACAUGUAUUUGCUAUAGCGGACAAGGCCUAUCGUGAUAUGCGGUCAUUGAAGAUGAGCCAGUCUAUCAUAGUGAGCGGAGAGUCUGGAGCCGGAAAGACAGAAUCCACCAAAUACAUCUUGAAGUAUCUCACUGAGAGUUGGGGCACCCAUGCUGGACCAAUUGAAGAAAGGAUUGUGGAAUCUAACCCACUAUUGGAAGCCUUUGGCAAUGCCAAGACUGUGAGAAACAACAACAGCAGUAGAUUUGGAAAAUUUGUUGAGAUUCACUUCAAUGAUAAGAAUGCUGUAGCUGGUGGCUUUAUCUCCCACUACCUGCUUGAAAAGUCUCGCAUCUGUGUACAGGGCCCAGAAGAGCGCAACUACCACAUUUUCUACCGUCUUUGUGCUGGGGCCCCUGAAGACACAAGGAAGAAGCUGGGAUUAACAUCACCUGAUAAUUUUCAUUACAUAGGACGUGGAUGCACCCAGUAUUUCUGCCAAAAUGAUACAGAGAAAAAAUUGGCACAGGAUAGAAAAAGCAAACAGUUGAAAGGAAAUAUUUCAAAAUCGAAGGUGAGUUAUUUUAAGCAAGGGUUCCCAUAUUAGCCAUGUGUACUAACACCUACUUUGAACUCAUCCAUCCCCCCCCCCCAAUCCCCCUACUUGGUGUAUACUUGGGGAACCACUGGUACAUCACCAAUUGUUAUAGUAAUGGGUCUUUCUGCAUGUGUCAGCCCAAUGGGCUUAAAACUUGAAUUAUUCAGGAUAGUAGGAAUUGUAUGAAGUCUAGAAAGAAUAAGGUGAAACAUGAAGGUAAGUACUAGUCCUUGCAUGCAAAGACCUUAGAAUAAAAGAAGAUGGUUAAAAGUAAGGGGUUAAGCAGCACAUGUGCCACAGUGUAGGUUCAUAUAUAUCCAGGAAGACUGACAAUCCACCUGGUUGAGAUUUAAAUUUAGUACAAAAUUCUCAAUUUUAUGUGUAAGGUUGUUCAAAAGUUUUAUUUAUUCAGGAUUUCUGAAUGUUUGAAUAGAUUUUACAGAUUAUAGGUAAUAUUUGUUUAAUUUGAUUUAUACAUGCUAUAUGUGUGAAGAACAGUUUGGUAGAGUUUAAAGAUUUCUACUCAUUUUUAAUGGUGUUGAUACACAUUGAUGAUCAUCUCUGCCAUGAAGGUUAUUUUUUUACCUUUGUUAAUUUAUUAGUAAACAGCCUAACUUGGCUAGCUUUGGAUAGAUUUUAAUAAAAUUUACAGGAUAUGCCACAAAUGAACUGAC